UAAGCGAGCCGCGUGAUCGCGCACGGCAUCAUUCAAAUCAUGAAGAGCUUCAGCGUCGUUGUACUCGUGCUGCUGCUGGGUCUCGCCGCUGGCGAGAUAAAGAACAAGGGAUGGUGGAAGAACGCCGUUUUCUACCAGGUGUACCCUAGGAGCUUUAUGGAUUCGAAUGGAGACGGCACCGGAGAUUUAGAAGGUAUUAGGAACAAACUUCAACACUUCAAAGAUACCGGUAUAACAGGGAUAUGGUUGUCACCGAUCAACAAGAGCCCUAUGGUAGAUUUUGGAUACGAUAUAUCGGACUUCAGAGACGUCGACCCAAUAUUUGGUAAUUUAGACAACGUGCGGAGUCUUUUGAAGGAUGCGAAAGCCCUUGGUAUAAAGGUUAUUCUAGAUCUUGUCCCCAACCACACCUCCGACCAGCACACAUGGUUCCAACAGAGUUUGAACCGCACAGGAAAAUACACAGACUAUUAUAUCUGGUCUGAUGGUAAAAAAAAUGAAAAUGGAACUAUGGUACCGCCGAACAACUGGGUCAGCGUGUUCAAUGGUACCGGAUGGACGCUUGACAAGAGAAGAAAUCAAUUCUACUUUCACCAGUUCUACUAUCAGCAGCCGGAUUUGAAUUACACGAACCCGGACGUGCAGAAUGAGAUGAAAGAGAUAAUCAAGUACUGGUUGGACAUAGGAAUGGACGGAUUUCGUAUUGACGCUGUGCCACAUUUGUUCGAAGGCGAUAUAACUAAGGAUGAACCUGCUGCAACGACUAUUCCAGAAGGCGCUAAGCCGGGAUACGAUCACGUUACUUUAAAUCACACGAUAACGAAGGAUCAACCUGAGACAUACGAACUGAUGAAAAGCUGGCGGGAGUUUGUGGACAAGUACGCGGACGAACGUAAUCAGACGGAGAAGGUGUUACUAACAGAGGCGUACACCUCAUGGGACAACACGUUGAAGUACUACAACUACGGCUCGAACGUUCCGUUCAACUUUAAGUUCAUAACGGACGCGGACGCGAAAUCGAACGCGAAAGAUUUCAAGAUGAUUAUAGACAGGUGGAUACAAGGAACGCCAAAGGAUGGCGUAUCAAAUUGGGUGAUGGGAAACCACGAUCGCGUUCGUAUCGCCACGCGUUAUCCGGGCAGAGCGGAUCACAUGGUCAUGUUGGAAAUGAUUCUGCCUGGCGUCGCAGUGACCUACUACGGUGAAGAAAUUGGCAUGGAGGACAACAGCACUCUUCGUGUUUUCGACUUCCGCGAUGGCUGCCGUACACCUUUCCAGUGGGACGGUUCUGCCAACGCAGGUUUCAGUAAAGCCAAGGAAACGUGGUUGCCAGUCCAUAGCAACUACAAGUCGCUGAAUCUGGAGCAACAGAAGAAUACUCAGGGCUCCCAUUAUAAUUUGUACACCGAACUGAUCAAACUGAGGAAAGGCAACGUGCUGACAAACGGCACAGUUACGACUGCCGUUUUAAACAACGACGUUCUAGCUGUGAUUCGCGAACAGAACCAGGAGGCGGUGACGCUCUUGAUGAACUUCAACCAAGAAAAAUCAGUCUCCGUGAACCUGACGGGGCUGGUGAGCCAGCAACUGAACCAAAUAAAACUGAAAAGCACGGGCGCCAAAGCGACAGUGGGCGGUAUUGUCGAUCGGUCACUCAUCGAGGUACCUCAAGGCGCGGCCCUAGUUUUGGUGAAAUCGGGAGCUACGAUGAUGAGCCUCUCAUUCCUCAGUUUUCUGCUGCUUAUUCUCUUCUAUAGACCGUAAACAGAAUUUUCCCACUGAUCCCACUUUCCAAUGACCCUGCGACGUAUGUGUUCGAAGAUGAAAAGAUGCCCCGCGCGACGAAAAGUACGAAAGAUCGAACAGAUUAACGCGACAACGAGAACGUUUAACUGCAUAUCGAUAACGUUCGGCGCAGUGUCGCGAGAAGAAGAAGAAAAACAAACAAGUCACGGUACUAGACGUAACCAGAGUCGGGAUUAAUUAACGCAGCACGUUCGCGAAAGAUUAUCGAUAAAACAUGUACUUCUUUUUCCCUCCUUCCCCCCAACGUACUAUUUUUCUAUAACGUUUAACUAUAAUUUUUCUACCCGCAGAUAAGCUUAGAAGUGCGCGCGAUUCGAUAAGGCGCGUCGACGAUCGACGCGCACCUCAGAUAUGUAAAAGUGUAAAAAAAAA